AUGCUGAGCUCGCUGAGCUCGUCGGCGUCGAGGCGGGAGGCCGCGGCGGCAAGGGCAACCAAGAGCGGCGAGGUCCCCAAGUCGGCCGCCAUCUCCUGGAAGGACGUCGCGGCCACCGCCAGGAGCGGCGAGCUGUCCAAGGCGGUGGCUGGCGCCGAGCUCUCCAAGUCGGUGGCCGCCGUCAGGGAGGCCGCGGCCGUGCACCACGAGGGAUGGAUGGUGCGCUACGGCCGCCGGAAGAUCGGCAGGUCCUUCUUCCACACGCGCUACUUCGUGCUCGAGAGCAGGCUGCUCGCCUACUACAAGAAGAAGCCCAAGGACAACAUGGUGCCCCUCAAGUCGCUGCUGAUAGAUGGGAAUUGCAGGGUGGAGGAUAGGGGGCUCAAAAAUCAUCAUGGGCAAAUGAUUUAUGUUCUCUGCGUUUAUAACCAGAAAGAGAAGGAGCAUCAAAUAACGAUGGGUGCACAUGAUAUUGAAGAUGCAUUGGCCUGGAAAAAGAAAAUAGAGCUCCUCAUUGAUCAGCAACCAGACUCUGCAGCUAAAACCCAUAAGGCAUUUGCUACAAUGGACUUUGACAUGGAACUCGGAGGGCAGUUCUCCUUGUCAGACCGUGACAGUGCAGCUGAAGACGAAGAGGAACGGCCUACUUUAGUUCGCAGGACAACUAUAGGGAAUGGUCCCCCCGAAUCAAUACAUGAUUGGACCAAAGAUGCUGAUUUUGGUAUGUCCAGUCAGAAUGACCCCACUCAACUCUAUUCUAAGAAGAAUUGGCGACUACUUCGAUGCCAAAAUGGGUUGCGCAUUUAUGAAGAACUUCUGGAAGUUGAAUACCUUGCAAGAAGCUGUGGCCGAGCUAUGAGGGCUGUUGGUGUAGUGGAAGCCACAAGUGAAGCCAUUUUUGGGCUGAUGAUGAGCAUGGAUGCAACAAGAUAUGAGUGGGACUGUAGCUUUCGCCAGGGUAGUUUAGUUGAAGAGGUUGAUGGUCACACUGCAGUACUAUAUCAUAGUUUGCAAUUGCAUUGGUGUCCAAGGUUGAUCUGGCCUCGGGAUCUGUGUUAUGUUAGGUAUUGGCGACGUAAUGACGAUGGAAGUUAUGUUGUGUUAUUUCGUUCUACAGAACAUCCAAACUGCAGCCGUCAACGAGGAUUUGUAAGGGCUUUUAUUGAAAGUGGAGGAUUCAAGAUUUGUCCUCUUAAGUGUCGCAAUGGAAGACCCCGGACUCAAGUUCAGCACCUUAUGCAGAUUGACCUGAAGGGAUGGUUCUUGAAUUACUCUACUUCCUUUCAGUAUCAUUCUUUGCUGCAGAUACUGAACUGUGUUGCCGGGCUGCGUGAAUAUUUUUCCCAAACAGAUGAUAUCCAUAUAACUCCAAGGAUUCCUGCAAUGGAGAGCAUGGCUGAUGUGAAUACAGCACAAAAGGAUGAGAAGCUUACAGAAAUUGACUCCAAUACUAAACCAGCAGAUCAAGAACAUGUCGAAAAUAAAAACAUGGGAACGAUUGAUGAAGAAUCAGAUGACGAUGAGGAGUAUCAGGUUCCUGAAGCUGAUAUAGAGGAAAGCCCUAAAAAAUCUGACAAUGAAGCUAAACAAACGGAUGAGCCUCCAGAAAAAAAUGAUUUAUCUUGCUUUUCUGGAAUCCUUCAUCAUGAUCCGGAUGAGAAAAGUCGCAACUGUUGGACAGUACCUGAUAGCAAGCUUUUCAAAGUUCGUAGCAAGAAUUUCCCAAAUGACAAAUCAAAGAUACCUGCUGCAAGUUAUCUAAUGGAGCUUGCAGCCAUUGAUUGGUAUAAGGACACCAAGCGUAUGGAUAAUGUUGGCAGGCAAAAAAAUUGUGUUGCUCAGGUUGCUGCUGAGAAAGGGAUGCAUACAUUUAUUGUCAACUUACAGAUUCCCGGAUCAACUCACUACAGCAUGGUCAUGUAUUUCGUCACAAGUUCCUUGAAAAAGGGAUCAUUACUGCAGCGCUUCUUUGAUGGCGAUGAUGACUUCCGCAACAGCAGACUGAAGCUCAUACCAUCCGUUCCAAAGGGUUCUUGGAUAGUGAGGCAGAGUGUUGGCAGCUCCCCUUGUUUGUUGGGAAAGGCAUUGGAUUGUACCUAUGUACGAAGUCCUGGGUAUUUGGAGGUGGACGUUGACAUUGGUUCUUCUGCUGUAGCAAAUGGAGUUUUGGGCUUGGUGUUUGGUGUUGUCACAACAUUAGUAGUUGAUAUGGCUUUCCUAAUACAGGCAAACACAUAUGAGGAGCUCCCAGAGCAAGUUAUAGGCGCAGCUCGGCUAUCUAAUGUGGAACCGUCUACAGCAGUAGUUCCUGACCUUGAAAAUAAUAGUGACAGCAACAAAGAUAACAGCAGUAAUGACGCUACAUCCUCUGAGGAUGAUUCGUCAAAGAAGACCAACUGA